GUGAGGCCCCCGGCGUUCCUUCCUACGUAAACAGGGGCGGGGGCUGGAGGUGCGAGGGUGGUGAGAGGUGACAAUUGCUAGGCGGAGACGGUUCGGUGAAGAAAGAUCUAAGAAAGGAUCUGGACUGGCGGAAUAUGAGUUCCAAGAGAAUAGGGACCUCAUGAACAGGGAACUGUUUCAUUAAGACCUGCAUCUGCAGUGCUAUUUUGUCUACCAAGCACAUAACAAAAUCUCCACAAAUAAUAGGAGAUAGUUAACUGAGAGGAAUCUGCUCUACUGCUGCAGCCGAACCAGAUGCCUUCUUCUUCACCAGACCAAGAAGAUGACCUGGAGGCCUGUGUUUUAAGAUUUUCAGACCUGGAUUUGAAAAGCACAAGUCUUAUCAAUCCCAGUAGCAGUCUCAAAGCAGAGUUAGAUAUCAGUACAAAGAAGAAAUACUCAUUUGCAAAGAAAAAGGCAUUUGCUCUUUUGGUCAAAACUAAAGAAGUUCCAGCACCUCCUUUUGAAUGUAAAGAAAAAUGGUGGAAAUGCUGUCAGCAACUAUUCACAGACCAGACCAGCAUCCAUAGACAUGUGGCAACACAACACGCUGAUGAGAUUUGCCAGGAGACUGUUUUGGUUUUAAAGCAGCUGGCUGCAACAUCGAGCACCUUAAAGAGUCUUAAGUCUACAGACCAAAGGCACCCUGUCCAGGAGGCCCUUACUCAUAACCACGAAGUGUCUGCUUGGCUCCCUGAUAUAAGCUGCACUAGCCCUGAUGAGCUGAUUAGUGGCCAGGACAGCGAUGACGGGGAGGUGCUGCUUUAUUACUGCUACUGUGACCUGGAGGAUCCUGCCUGGAUCUGUGCCUGGCAGACAGCCCUGUGUCAGCAUCUGCACCUCACUGGCAAGGUUCGAAUCGCUACGGAAGGAAUCAAUGGGACAGUUGGUGGAAGCAAACUGGCCAUCAGACUCUAUGUGGAAAUCAUGCUUUCCUGCCCGAUGUUUAAGGAUUAUCUGUGUAAGGAUGAUUUUAAGACCAGCAAAGGAGGAGCUUGCUGUUUUCCAGAAUUGCGUGUUGGUGUAUUUGAAGAAAUUGUGCCCAUGGGGAUCAGUCCCAAAAAGGUCUCCUAUAAGAAGCCUGGAAUCCAUUUAUCCCCAGGUGAAUUUCAUAAAGAAGUAGAAAAGUAUCUGUCCCAGGCAAAUCAAGAACAAAGUGAUACUAUCCUACUGGACUGUAGAAACUUCUAUGAAAGCAAAAUAGGACGAUUCCAGGGUUGCUUAGCCCCAGACAUCAGGAAAUUCAGUUACUUCCCUAGCUACGUUGACAAAAAUCUAGAACUUUUCAAAGAGAAGAGGGUGCUGAUGUAUUGCACUGGGGGCAUCCGUUGUGAGCGAGGUUCAGCCUACCUCAAAGCCAAGGGAGUGUGCAAGGAAGUGUUCCAGCUCAAGGGCGGCAUCCACAAGUACCUGGAGGAGUUUCCUGAUGGUUUUUACAAAGGGAAGCUGUUUGUUUUUGAUGAGCGUUAUGCCUUAUCCUUCAACAAUGACAUAGUGUCAGACUGUUCAUACUGUGGGGCCCCAUGGGACCAGUAUAGACUCUGCUCGACUCCCCAGUGCCGCCAGCUUGUCUUGACCUGCCCCACCUGCCAAGGACAAGGAUUCACGGCCUGCUGUAUCACAUGUCAAGACAAAGGGAGCAGGCAGGCUGCAAGCCCAGGCCAGAGCAGCUUUAAAGAGGAAUGCGAGUGUACUGCCCGACGGCCACGGGUACCCAGGGAGCCCUUACAGUGGGAGCGAAUCCCCUCAAGUGCAGAGCCCAGGCUGAGCGUUGAUGAGGAUGGGCCAUGCUUAGGUGAGCGGCCCCAUCUGGAUCUCCCCAAGCCUUCACAGAGCUAGGUUUUGGAUGACUGUGUAUUGGACGAUAUCAGGGCCACAGUGACAGAGAAACAGGAAACUUUAGUGCUGCCAGAGCCACCAUGGCCAACUGGUUACCCUGUUGGCCACCUGGCCUUCACAAGAGUUGGGUGCUGACCCUUACCUGAGCAUUCUUACCAAAAGACGCUAGAGAACAGUAAAAGAUGAGCUGUGUGGGAUCCCACAGCUGCAGAGAGAGAGCCUUGAGCCUAGUGACCAGCUCACACCCUCUCUCUGCCAUACUGCAGGCCUGGGAGUAGUCAUUUUCCUUAUUAGCAAACUGGUCUGGGAGUUUCCGACGUGGCACAGUGGAAACAAAUCUGACUAGUAUCCAUGAGGAUGCGGGAUUGAUCCCUGGCCUCGCUCAGUGAGUCAGGGAUCCGGUGCUGCUGUGAGCUGUAGUGUAGAUCACAGCUCAGAUCUCAAGUUGCUAUGGCUGUGGUAUAGGCCAGCAGCUGAAGCUCUGAUACGAUCCCUAGCUUGGGAACCUCUAUCUGUCGUGGGUGUGGCCCUAAAAAAGCAAAAAAAAAAAAGAACCACUUGUCUGUCCUGAUGAAACUGAAAAACUGGGGCCCUGGAAGUGGACUCUUUGGACCAGGCUGCUUAAGUCAACCCGCCAUCCACCCCUGUCCUGCUCUCUUCUCUGCUCGCCUCAGAGCACUAGACCAGGAUCUGCAGUGCCAUCAGCAUUUGGCCCACAUUCUCCUGUAAGUACAGUUUUAUUAGAAUAGCCACACACCCAUUCAUUUACGUGUGAUCUAUGGCAGAGUUAAGUAUUUCAAGAGAGAAAUGAUGGUCUGCAAAGCCUACAGCAUUUAUAAGCAUACGUUGGAGAUGAUAUGGGUUGGAUUCUAGAUCACCGCAUUGAAGUGAGUCACACAGUUGUUUUUUUUGAUUUCGUAGUACAUAUAAAAAUUACACUUACAUUAUACUGUAGUCUCUUAAGUGUGCAAUAACUUUAUGUCUAAAAAAUGCAUAUAACCUAAUUUAAAAUUUUUAAAAUUUUUUAAUUGCUAAAAAUUUUUAAAUUACUAAAAAAUGCUAUUUUCUGACAAUGCAGAGUUACCACAAAUCUUCAAUUUAUAAAACAAAAAAAAAAACAGUAUCUGCAGAGUGCAGUAAAACAAGGUAUGCCUGUAUGAUCUGGCCCUUACAGAAAAAAUUUUGCCAUCCCUGGUCUAGCCCGACAGCUCAUCUGACAGUGGAGAUGGUCUUAAAGAUGUGGGUGCACCUUCAUUUUUUAUUGAUUUAGUUUGUGUGAAAGAUUUCCCUGUGCUAGUCUGCUUCCCCCAGCACCCACAUCCUUAGCUCUUAAGUGUGCUCUUUGAGAGAUUCACUUUAGCUCGAUGACACUGACAUGUAGGCAGUAGUUUUUAGGUGAACACCUCAGGAUAGAAGACUCUGUGUGAACUUAUUCAGAAUUGCCACAGUGGUUUCCCAGUCUCCUGGCCAUCAUGUGUCCCUAGCCCACAAGUCCCAAAAAACACAUGAACACCCAUUCAUAGACCAACAGAUUUAAUAUUAUAUUGCAGUUUCCAGUGAUGCAGAAUACAGCUGCAAUUGUGUUUCAAGGAGAAGCCGAGUGGAGCUGGCCGUCUCUGCAGCAUGGAGCCACUCCUGGGCCCAUCUGCAGCCUCAGUAGAUACUCCUCCAUAGUGGUGAGGCCCUGGCUCCACCUCUGGUUACCCUGUACUGUCCACGUCAUUACAGUUCAGUGUGCAAGACUUUCCUUUUUUCAUCAAAAGCCUUUCUGCGUAGUGCUCUGCGGCUUUGUCUGUGCUCAUCAGCUCUUUGGCCUGUCCUUUAUCAUAAGAUUUGCUGAAUCACUCAUGAAAAUAACUCCCCAAGCAACAGAAAUACUAGUUUAACUGGCACUGUGGUAUAUUAAAAGGCACAAGGGCAUUGGGCUUAACAUUUUUGCUGGAUCUCAAGAGAUGCACAUGAUGUUAAAAGGGAUCCGGCAGAAAUGCCAAAAUUAUAUUUUAAGAAUAAUCAUCUAGGGAUGGUUUGGCCAGGUUUCCUGAUUCCUAAACAUCUGGAUUUUCUUUACCAUUGGUCUUGAGAGGCUUAAUUUACAGGCAUGAGAUCAGCGGUGACUUGACAAAUGAGUGACAUGACAGGUAGUUGAAUUCUGUAAGCUUAAGCCAUGAUAGACUAGAAAUUUGUUUCUCUAGUGUCUUAUCUCACAUGAGGCAUUGGCCCGCUGUGCGAUAGAGAAAGGUGUUUGGCCAUAGGUUUCACAUCCACUGUAAGAUUGGCAUUAUAUAAGGAAGAAAUUUUCUGACUCCGGUAUCAAAUUGUAAGUAAAUCCCAGGUGUUCAUAAAGAACAUAGGGAAAUGAUUGUUGCCUGGAAUAGGUUUUUUAAAAAGAAAAGAAUAAAGGACAGUUUUAAAAAUUUGAAAUUCCACCAUUGGCUUUUUGUAUUAUUUCCUUGUAUCCAGUAUAAGGAAUCUUAUGUUCUUUGAUUCCUGGCAGAGCUUUGUCGCUUCAGUCUUUCUUUCUUGAGGGGGGGGGGAAAUUGUGUUCUUGAUCCAGAAAUCAGUUUGGCAGCCUUAAUCUUGAGGUUCUUAAAAUUUAAAGGAGUGUUAAUAAAGAAUGUUGAUCUGUCUCGUUUUCUAGAGAGCUAAGAUCAAAUUUGUAAUAAAGUAUCUUACAACGCUUUUAAACCACA